GGAAGGCGGGAAAAUUAGAGGAACCGAGAAAGGCAAAAUCCUCUCCACACUCCUAUCCCGAGUGCCGACCCUCCUUUGCCUUCGCUCUCUCAGCUAUGGAGAGAAUUCACGUGACGGUGAGGGCGAGGCCGCUCUCUCCCGAGGAAGCAAAGACAAGCCCCUGGCGGAUCUCCGGCAACUCCAUCUGCUUCCCUACUCACCCCUCCAUCUCCAAGUUCGAAUUUGAUCGGAUAUUCGGAGAGGACUGCAAGACUCGAGAGGUUUACGAGUCUCGGACCAAAGACAUUGUCGCCGCCGCUGUUCGUGGAUUCAACGGUACUGUUUUUGCUUAUGGACAAACUAACAGUGGAAAAACACAUACUAUGCGAGGAUCCAGUUCUGAGCCUGGAGUUAUACCACUUGCUGUAAGCGAUGUUUUCGAUAUCAUACAUGAGGAUAUGGACCGGGAGUUUCUUUUGAGAAUGUCUUAUAUGGAGAUAUACAAUGAGGAGAUCAAUGAUUUAUUAGCUCCCGAGCACCGAAAAUUGCAGAUUCAUGAAAGCAUUGAGCGGGGGAUAUUUGUUGCUGGUUUAAGAGAAGAAAUUGUUGCCUCACCUGAGCAAGUCCUUGAACUUAUGGAGUUUGGAGAAUCUCACCGGCAUAUUGGGGAGACAAACAUGAAUAUAUACAGUAGUAGGUCGCAUACAAUAUUCCGCAUGAUAAUUGAGAGUAGAGAGAGAAGUGAACAUGAGGAUGCAAGCAAUUCUUGUGAUGCAGUCCGUGUAUCUGUUCUGAACUUAGUGGAUCUUGCUGGUUCAGAGCGUGCUGCAAAGACUGGUGCAGAGGGUGUUCGCUUGAAAGAGGGUUCCCACAUUAAUAAGAGCUUGAUGACCCUUGGAACUGUAAUCAAGAAAUUGAGUGAAGGUGCUGAGAGCCAAGGGGGUCAUGUUCCCUAUCGAGACAGUAAACUUACACGCAUUUUACAACCUGCAUUAGGGGGAAAUGCAAACACCGCAAUCAUAUGCAAUAUCACCCUUGCUCAGAUUCAUGCUGAUGAGACUAAAAGUAGUCUCCAGUUUGCAAGUAGAGCAUUGCGUGUGACAAACUGUGCUCAUGUGAAUGAGAUCUUGACAGAUGCUGCUUUGCUAAAGCGUCAAAAGAAAGAGAUUGAGGAGCUCAAGGCCAAACUGCAGGGUUCACAUUCAGAACAUUUUGAAGAGGAGAUUCUCAAUCUACGGAAUACAUUAUUACAGACUGAACUGGAGCGGGAGAGGAUAGCUAUGGAGUUGGAGGAGGAAAAGAAAGCCCAAGCUGAACGAGAAAAGAGACUGCAAGAACAAGCCAAGAAGAUUGAGAAUUUGAGUUCAAUGGUGUUGUAUUCAAAUAGGGAUGACAAAUGCGAUCAGCAGAAGAAGGGGAAGAGGCGAGAUACUUGGUGCUUUGGUAAUCUUUCAAGGGAGACUCUUGGGAAGUUGAAUUCAGAAGUUCAUGCAAAGGCAUCUGCUCUGAAACCCGAGAGAUCAAAAUGUUAUGUGGGACCACUUCUUCCUUUUGAAGAACUAGUAAAUGAAGAAGGCACGAAUAACUCUUUCGCUCUAGAGGAAGAGUGUAGCAAUAACAGAGAUGAGAGGUGUGUGCUUCCAGAUCCACGCACUUUAUUACAUGUUACUAGCAGGAAAAAAGCACCGGUCAGGAAGAAAAGCUCACUUGUUGAGAGCAAUGAGUUAGAAGACUUUCAAGCAGACUAUGAAGAUUUGUUUCUAAAAUUUGAAGCUCAGAGGACUAUGAGCGAGAUACAAAUUGAUUACUUAACAAGAAAGUUGACUGAGACCGAUUUAUAUCCUAAUCAAAGUACUGUUCCUGGUUAUGUAAGCAAAAGUUUGAGGGAGGCAGAGGCUAUUCUUGUUAUCAAGCAACUCCAGGAAAAGAUUAAUUUGUUAGAGAUGGAGAAAUCUUCAAGCCAGCAAAAUUUGGAUAGUGUUGUUGAGUUAGCAACAGAGCAAAACAUAUGUGCCAUGGAGAAGUAUGAGAAGCUUUAUAGAGAGCUUUUAAAUGCAGAGGAGGACGCUAAAAUUGCUUGCAAACAGCUUGCAUCAGUGGAAUCUAUUAAAACAACUGAUAUGGCUGAUUUUGACUUCAUGACAAAGCUAAUAAUGGAAGUUGAAGAAAUAACAUUGGAAGUACAAAGCUCAAGAAAUCUAGCUGACAGUGUCUCCUUAGUUGUUGAUGAUGCUUUGCAGAGUUUUUCUUCUGUUCUGAACCUAUUCUUUGACUUUAAGUCUUUGGCAUGCCAGUACUUGAUUCAACUAAAAUCUCUUGUUAGUAACCACGAGAAAUUGCAUCUUUGCAUGCAGCAGAAAGUUGGUGAACUUGAGAAUGAGAAGUUUGUUUUGCACAAUCAAUCUGUAGAUCUUCAGAAUCAGAUAGAAGGACUAAGACAAAAUGUUCAAAGUUCUGCUAAGGCAUUAACUGAACUUUCUGAACAGCAUGAUGUAGCAAAGUCCGAGCUCCUUUCCCAAAUUCAAACUCUUGAUAAGGAAAUAUCAUGUUUAUCAUCUUCAUCCCUGGCUAGAGAGAAGGAGAAUAUGAGAAAAGAUCUUGAGAAAACAAAAGCAAAGUUGAGAGAGACUGAAUCCAAGCUUAAGAAUGCCCUCCAGGAGAAAACUAAACUCGAGGGUGAGAAAGCGUGUGCAGAGAGAGAAAUAAAGAAACUUCAUAGCCAAAAAGCUCUUAUUCAACGAGAUAUCACCAAACGCGAGUCACUUGUUGGGAGGAGAUGCGAUGUGGUUGCUGACCGGGGUUCAAAUUUAUUUGAUCCAAAAAGGGCAAAGGGUCUUGCUGUUUCCUGUGACCAGACAUUUCAGGAUGAUUACAAGAAGCUGGAGGUCCUUGCAUUUGAGAUGGAGGCAACUAUUGCUUCUUUGGAAGAGGAAUUAGCUACAGCGAAUGAGGAGAAGGAAAUGGCUGUUUCUAGAGCUGAAAGUUUGGCUACAGACCUGCAAGCCUUAUCCAAACUUCUGAAUAUUUCAGAUUCAGAACUGAAUGAAUUGCGGGAAGAGGUGUCAGCCCUUCAAAUAUCUUUGGAAGAAUCAAGUUCGUAUAACAAGAAUCUGGAAACUUCUACUAAGAUGUUGGUUGAAGAAAAGGAAGAGUUGGCAAUGCAACUUACUGAAGCCCUUAUGGCAAUGGAGGAAGAGAAGGUCAUAUGGUCUGCUAAGGAGAAAGCUUCCAUCAAAGCCAUAGAAGAGAAAUCAAAUUCACACCAUGCUGAGAUUAUGUCUUUAUCUAAACAACUGUCAGAGGUGAGAAAUGAGUUGGCAUCCUGUAGAGGAGAAUGCAAAGCCCUUGGGGAAAGAUUAGUAAGCUCUGAGCAAAUUGCAGAAUUAGAGAAGACGUGCAGUAUGGAGAAAUCCUUAGAGAAUGAGAGGCUAAGAAAUGAGCUUAGAAUGGCUGGAGAUCAGAGCAAAAGGUCUGAAGAAGAUUUAAAGUCAAAAUUAGACAUGCUUGCUUUGAAUCAUCAUGAUGCUUGCGAGGAUGUAGAGAAGCUGCAGAAAGAAUUGAGUGUGCUCAAGAAAGAAAAGGAAUAUUUCUUAAAUCAAGUCAAAGAUUCAGAUAAGAGAUCAGUUCUGAUAGAUGAACUCCAGAUACUUCAAGACCAGCUUCUUAGAAUUACUAAGGAAAGGGAUAAGUUGAUGGCUCAAAUUGAAGAGCAGCAGACCCAUGAGGUUGAAUUGAAAUUAUGUGGUGAAAGUCACGAUGAAAGGUUAUCGAAGGCAACGGCUGAAGUUGAGGAGUUGACUCAUUGUCUUUCCAAAUUGGAAGUCAAGAUGCAGAAUAAUGAAGCCGAUUACAGCAAGGAAAAGGCAAAACUUAGGAUGAGGCUCCGAGGGACACAAUCCAAGAUGGAAGCAUUUAGUGUUCGGUAUAAAGAGGCAGUGGAAGAGUUGAAUUUCAUGAACAGGAAAUAUGAGGACGCUGCAGCGAAGCUCAAGUCCCAGUUGGCUGCAUACGGCAUGGAGAUCCUCAACAUUAAGAAGCAGCUAGCUGCUGUAACUGCUUGAUGACAUGAUCUUUAUCGUGUUUAUGUUACUAUUUUCUUUAGCUUUUUACUGAUUAUGCAGUUACAUUCUAGCUUGUUAUUAGAAAUCAGUCGGCAUAAGAGAAAAUGGAGGUGGUUUUUUCUUGUCUUUAACUUCAGUUAGAAGAUCUGCAGAAGAAAAGAAGUGUAUGUAUGGGUAUCUUUGCUAUUCAGGCUCAUUGUUAUGGCCAGUGAUGUUAGGACUUGAAGCCAAGGGCGCAAACAUAAUGAAAUGACCAACUUAUGU